UAUGCUGAUAUUCUGUGGUUGUAAUUUUUUUGUAGUCAAUAAAUAAAUAAUGUAAUUUGGAAUAUCUUCAAAUCCGGUAAAUUAAACCAAAUAGUUGUUAGUUAACAUAAAGUGAUACAUGUUAGUAUGAGCGACGAAAAGGCUGAAGAUGUAUCUCAGAGUGAUUCUCAAGUAGAAUAUUCCAAAGAGAAUGGUGAUGGUUCUAAAACUGAUAAAGUUAAAGUUGACAUACUUCUGAAAGCGACAGGAAAUGCCCCCAUUAUGAAAAAGAAAAAAUGGGCAGUAGAUGCAGAGAAACCAAUUGGCUGGAUUGUGGAAUUUGUAAGAAAGUAUUUAAAAUUAGAAGCUGAUGAAAAACUAUUCCUGUAUGUUAACCAAACAUUUGCACCAUCCCCAGACCAAAUAAUAAAAAAUCUGUAUGAGUGUUUUGGAACAGAUGGCAAAUUAGUGUUACACUAUUGUAAAAGCCAAGCUUGGGGAUGAUUGUAUCAAAUUUGAAUGCAAUCCAAAUAAAAAAAAACUGCAUCACAUGCUUAGGUUGUAGCGAAGGUUUACUUGGCUACUGUAAAUAAAUCUAUAAUGUUCAUUUUGUUAUAAUAUAUAUGUAUUACCUAAGAUAAUAUGCAUAUUCUCAAAAUAUAUUAGCAAAACACAUUUAUCUGCUUUGAGGGUCACCUGUUCAAGAAAAUAAUCUUUAUUAGGUUAUUUGAUUUUGAUAUUCCUUGAUAUCAAAAUCAAAGCAGUAAUGUCUAGUUAUACAUUAUAAAUGGCCAACCGAAAGCACAAUUAUCUUUCUUAAAUUUAUGUUACUUAAUACUGGUAAAUGCAUUUAAUUUCAUAAAGUUUGUAUUUUCAUUUAAAUUAAAAAACUUAUCAUGGUCAUGAUAACUACUCUUUUAAUUCAGUUAUUUAUUUAGAAUGUGUCCAGCUCAAGUACCAAAUAAAAGACAGACAUGUUUGAUAUUAUACUAUUUGAUGCUUGACAUUGUUCAGAUACUCGAAAUAAAUGUGCUUCACAUCAACCAUCUCCUUGUAGUUAAAUGUUUCCUUGAAAUUCAAUUACGCCAAAACUGUACCAUUGUUUAUUAUUAGUAUUAACCAUAGUCAUUCAUGUUCAUCGUUCAAACAUUUUCCUUUAAAUAAUAUUUCUUUGUAUGUAUCAAUGCUACCUUCAUGCUUAGGACUCACGAAUCGAUUUGCACCCGCGCUCGCUGCGGUGGCGGUUUGGAGUUUUAUUUUCAAAAUUCACGAGACCGGAGUUUUGUGCGGUUACGCAGCCGCCGUGGUUGCGAUUAUCGCCUGCAAACUUGGUGUUGGAUUAUCGCAACACGGGCGGUUGCAAGACGGGCGGUUUAACGAUCUGUUGAAUUCAAAACCAGAAGCGGGUUGUUGCGUUAUACUUACCUCACAGAAGAAUUAAAAAAAGAAGGCCUAAAAGAUUCUUGAUGCAUCCACUGAUUGCGGAACGAGAUCUUUAUGGAUUAUUUGUUACUCUUAUUAAUGAGUUAAAGAAGGAUGAAGAAAAGUUCUUUAAUUAUUUUCGAAUGCCGUGUGAAUGUUUAUUUAGAACGGAUCAGAAACAAAAAAACAGAAACUGCUCUUCAAAAGCAA